AUGGGCAUUUCAUUUAUUCUGACGUCAAUUGCUCGAGCCCGACUUGGAACCAACAAAGGAAGAUUGCUCCGACAUAGAAAUAAGAUGGGGACUAAGGCAUAUUUUAUGCAAAUUUCAUGUUUUCUUUCAUAUUUAUUUCUUUUCUUCUUUUCCCCUUCUUUCUUUCUUUCUUUCUUUCUUUCUUUCUUUCUUUCUUUCUUUCUUUUUUUUUUUCUUUCUUUCUUUCUUUCUUUCUUUCUUUCUUUCUUUCUUUUUUAUUUCUUUUCCACGAAUACUACGUAUUUUCUUUCGUUCUUCUGUUCCUUUCUUUCUUUCUUUCUUUCUUUCUUUCUUUCUUUCUUUCUUUGUUCUUUCCCAGUUCCUCUUCACCACCCCUUCUUUCUUUUUUCCUCUUCACUUCACUUUCUUUCUUUAUCUUUUCUUUCUUUCUUUCUUUCUUUCUUUUUCAGUUUUUCCCCUCUCUUUUUCCUCAAUCGCUAUCUAUCUAUCUAUCUAUCUAUCUAUCUAUCUAUCUAUCUAUCUAUCUCAGUUCCUCUUCACCAGACUUUCUUUCUUCCUCUUCACCUUGCUUUCUUUCUUUCUUUUUUUCUUUCUUUCUUUCUUUCUUUCUUUCUUUCCCUCCCUUUCUUACUAGAUUUUUCAGUCUUAUUUCCAAACCCUUUGAUAAUCUCACCUUCUCAACAUUUCUAUAUUGAAUUCUUUCGCUUGUCUUUCUCUUACCGCUACCCUUAUCUCCUUCUCGGUAUCUAUCUAUCUAUCUAUCUAUCUAUCUAUCUAUCUAUCUAUCUGUUUGUCAUAUUCCCUUUCCUUACUUCUUUCUGCCUUUCUUGUCCAAUUACAAAACCGAAUCGUGUAAAAAUCUUUUAUUCGCUUUCUUCGUUUGUAACGGAAGCUCACCGGAGGCGCUAUGACGUCACAACGACGUCAUCGAUUUCUGCUGCCCUCUGUCAUUCUCCCUCUCUUUCAACCGCCUCCAUAUUUAACCUGCCCCACUUUCUCGCCAUUUCACCUCAUCUCCCUUUUCACUUUGUUAUUGCUGUUGUUAUUAUUAUUAUUAUUUCUUUCUUCUCUCUCUUUAAAUUCUUCAAUAGUGUUAUCUCCAGAUGUAUUUUAUAUUUGAGUUUUGUAUCCUUCUCUCUACUCCUCUCUCUCUCUCUCUCUCUCUCUCUCUCUCUCUCUCUCUCUCUCUCUCUCACGAAGAAUUAUUUUCCACCCUACAACCUCUCUCUCUCUCUCUCUCUCUCUCUCUCUCUCUCUCUCUCUCUCUCUCACAGCCUUGGACAUCGAUUACUGACUCUCUCUCUCUCUCUCUCUCUCUUCGAGUCUUUUCUUCUACUUCUCUUCCUUUUUCUUUCUUCUUCUCUUUUCUUUCAUCAAUACUUUUCUUUUUCUUUCUUCUUCAGGUCUUUUUGUUUCAUCCAUAAGCAUUUUCUUUUCUUCUCUUUCUUAUUUCUUCCAUUUCUUUCUUCUUCUCUUCCUUCUUUUCUUUUCUUUUCUUUCUUUCUUUCAUCAAUAAGCUUUUCUUUCUUCUCUCUUCUUUUCUUUCAUCAAUCUUUUUUUCUUCUUCUCUUCUUUCUUUUCAUCAAUAAUCUUUCCUUUCUUCUUCUCUUUCUUUCGCUUUUCUUUCUUCUUCUCUUCUUUCUUUCAUCAAUAAGCUUUUCUUUCUUCUUCUCUUCUUUCUUUCAUAAAUCUUCUUUCUUUCAUAUUCUUCUUUCUCUUCUUUCCUUUCAUCAAUAA